AUGCAAAGUGAACACUUGAAUGGUUUGCAGUUACUAACAUUCACAAGUGGUCUACUACCGUUCGAUAUCGCCGAGAAAAGUUUUACAUUGGCUGACAGAAAUGGGGAUGGUCUUCUGAACGAAUAUGAGACACAGCAGGCGUCCAAAAUCGGCAAUGAACUCACCCGAAAUCGACUUCAGGAGGUUAUCACUGAAGCGGACAAAAGCGCCGACGGUCUUAUAGAAUUGAACCGAGCCAAGAUGUUGGCUCAACGACUCGGUAGUCUGAGUGUUCAAAACGAUUCAAUGGCGACAGCCGAUCGAAAUGAUCUCAAAUCUAAUGAUAUUGAACGAGUGCUGAACACGAAUUCGAACCGUCGGUCACUAGACUCCAUUUUCGGACACUUCGACGAAGAGUCAGACGGCAGUUGGAAUCGAGAUGAGAUCGAAAAAUUCUUGCAUGUGAUGUGCAUCGAUAAGAAGCAAUGGUUGAGGGCGCUCAAAGAUGCGCAUUUUGACAAUAAUACUCUUUGCGAGCUGACAAUUGAUGAUUUACAACGUAUAUUGCAAGAGUACGAUCCAGAACGACAAUUCUUUACUUGA